UUCAUAGUCUGUGAUUUUUUUAAUUUUUCAAAACCUAACCCUAAAUCAACCAAUUUGGCAUAUAAUUUUUGAAUUACAAAUCUAAAUUAUUGUAAUAAUGUCUUUGUUUUAUAAUUCGUUAUCAAGAAUAGCACCAAAUCAUGGCAUUCGCUUAAUGCUUACAUUAAGAGGUUUUCAUACUACUCAAGUACACCAAUUGUACGCAUUAUCAUCGUUGGGGAUAGAUGGGUAUUUGCAAACCAGGAAAAAGAUUAGAGAGCAAUUUUCAAAUUUUUCUGAUAAAUUUAGGAUAAAAAUGCAAGAGUUUGCAUUAGAUUCUAAAAACAUGAUAUUCACUGAAGAUUUAAAAAAUAUGGUACAUAUCGCAGAGCCGACAGAUUUGGACUUAGUUGUAAAUAUGGUUAAAAAGUUCAACACGCAAAAGACAGAGUUUAGAUUUGGUUCAUUUGUUUUUGGUCCUAUAGUUAUGAGAAUGUUCCAUUUUCUUGAUGCACCUAAUGAAGCAAUUAAGUGUUUUGAAGAUCCGGAUAAUGAUGGUUUUUUUGAUCAGCUGGUAUCAUAUCAGAUAUUACUUGACUUACUCUACAACCAUCAAAUGUAUGAUAAGAUGUACAAUGUGUUUGAAAGGGUACAAGAAAAACAAUUGAAUAUGUCCAAGUUCCCCAAAUAUCCAGUUGUUUUAAUAAUGGCAGCUUGCUACAAACAGAAUACACCCCAGAGUUUUGAGUAUGCAAAGAAAUUGUGGGGAGAAAUGAUCACUGUAGGCUCCACACCGUUAAGAAGAACUGCAACGCUUAUGGCUGCAUUGGCUUUAAAUCAAGGAGCACCUCAUGUAGCAAUGGAGUCAGUAGCAUUACAGAAACAACAUUAUAUUACUAUUAGGAAUAUUCGAGUUUUGGCAUUGGCACAACUAGGACGAGUUGACGAAGCUAUGCCAAUAUUGAGGGGAGUUUUGGAUGUUGACCGUCCAGAUCAGAAAGACAAACAUACAUUCUUUGAAGAAACAAUUGCGAAAAUACGCGAAGCGGUAAAAAUGACAGAUAAUAAGGAUGUUCAACGAGAAUAUGAAAGUAUUGAAAAAGCCCUUCAAGAUCGUCAUUUAAUCGAUAAUCAGACAUUAGAUCAGCUAAUUACAUCCGAUAUAAAUGUUAAAACGGAUAAGCCUAAUUUACCUCGAGGAAUGCCGAGAAUGCCCUAUGGGAUGCGUCAAAAGAAUAGAAAUAUGCCAUAGUUUUAACAUUAGUUCCUUAGUAAUGUUAUUGGCUUGUACAUAAUUGUGAAUGAGAGAAUGAUUGUCGUGUAUGUUAUUGUUUGUGAGAUUUAUUAUGUGCUGUAAUGUUGUGUUUGUUGAAUUUAGAUGUUAAAUAAAUAAUAGAUUUAA